UUUUAAGGAGUAACAUGAGACUUCAUUUUUUUUUUCUCCUACACGACAAAAAACAUACAAAAGCAGACAAAGUGUGUAGUACAAUCUUGGCUACUAUGUUCUAAUAACCAGUUACUUGCUUCUUUUCCUCGUCCUCUUCUUCCUUAUCCCUACCCUUUUGGUUGUUUUGUAACAUCUAUCUAGUUCGACCAAAACAUGGUUCUAGCUACACUGUUGGUAGCUGUGUUGUUCAUCGCGGGCCUUAUAAACGUCUUCUUUUACGUACCCACCAACAAGAUUCGUGCGUGGCUUCAAAUUUUCUUCCCCAACAACGCUUGCAAACCCAACAUCACUACUACUUCAUCUUCACCAAAGACCAAGGUGGAGAGGGGUACCUACAGAAAAGAUGAGCUGAGAAAGGUGUUUUCCACUUUUGACAAGAACGGCGAUGGAUUUGUAACAAUGCUAGAGCUGAGGGAAUCACUGAGGAACAUAAGAAUCUUGAUGACAGAUAAAGAGAUUGAUGAUAUUGUUAUCAAGUUUGAUUCCAAUGGAGAUGGGUUGCUUGAUUUUGAAGAGUUUUGCUUGUUGAUUGGUGAGUGUAUGGGUGGCCAAAUGGGUGAGGAGAAAGAGGGUGAUAUUGGUAAGGAAGGUGAAGAUGAGGUUAAUUUAAAAGAGGCUUUUGAUGUGUUUGAUAAAGACAAUGAUGGGCUUAUAUCAGUGGAGGAGCUAGCUUUGGUGCUUACUUCAUUGGGAUUAAGAGAAGGGAAGAGGAUUGAAGAGUGCAAAGAGAUGAUUAAGAAGGUUGAUAUGGAUGGAGAUGGUAUGGUCAAUUUUAACGAGUUCAAGAGAAUGAUGAUGAACGGAGGAAAGCUUGUCUUUGCCGCAUAGUCCAGUUCUUCUAAUUAAUCUUUCCAAUAUUCCUCUCUUUCUUCAAUCUAGAUCCACCAUCAUAACUCCAAGAUAAUACCCAAAAUUAAACACUCACCAUUGAAACUGUGUGUAUGUAUAUAUAUAUAUAUAUCGUCUUCUUAUAAAUGUAUUGGAGAUCACUGGCAUUUCGUAGAGAUACGUGAAAUAUUGAAGUAGUGCUUUGAUUUAUUAAGUGCGAAUUCUUGAUUAAUUUUCCAGGUUUUAUUACCUAUGGCUAUCGCUAUGACCACUAUUGUUAAUCUUUCUUUCUUAUUUAUUUAUUCCUUUUGCAAGUGAUCUGUGUGGUUAUAUUGGUACUAAUUGCCACAACCAUUCAACCUGCAGUUGCGCAUUGCAGUACAAAAGUGUUUUUAAUAAAUUUGUUUAAGAAUUGAGGUUAACAAAACUUUAAUAUAAAUCUUAAUUAUAGAUGUAUGCACUUUUUAUAACAAUGAGAUGUUUCCCAGUCGCACAUGCUACGAGGUUAAUUUACACGAGAGCGA